CCCUUUUAAAAAUGAACAUUUGUACUAUGUUAAUGCUCUGUCUUAACAGUGGUUUUGGUUGUGAUGAAUGAAUGUUGGAGAAGCCAGCCUGGAAAUCACAUGAUUGAAUAAGCAGUCAGGUGUGGCAUGAGUCCGUGUUCUGAUUGGCUAAUUCAUUAGUAGUGGUCAAGUAGAGCAUCAAAAGGCCAGGUGCGUGCAGGGAUAGUCUAGGUUUAACACUAAUCAGACAGUUAGAGAUUAGACUGAUUUACAGACCACCCACCUUCUUCCAGUAAUCCCAGCAUUUCAGUCUUGUGCAGUUUGUCUGUUUAUUUGCUUACAAAAAAAAAAUCAAUAAAUAAAAAAAAAAUUAUCUAGUAUAUAGCUGGUAAAUGGUUAUUCUUAAUACCUGGGGAAAGCUAUAUGUUAGCAUUUCCUAACAAAGUUUGAGCCUUUGAGCCAGGCCACAGGAUGGCUAUUUUUCGAAACCAUGCUACCAUACUAUUACUAUUUCUGCUAUAUUUGUCUUAUGCACACUUGACCUUCCAUUUCCAAUGUGAUGAAUGAUUUGUAAAUAUCAAGUAUUGAACCGUUUUUGUCUAUACAAUCUGGCUGUUGACUGAAUAUUUGAUCAGACUGACAAAGGUCUUUAGAGGGCAGGGUUUUCGAAAAAGGGUGCAUGUUUGCAGGUCUGUUUCAGUGGCUACAGUUGUUAGCCACGGUUCCCAGAUGUAAAUCUGUAUUAUAAAUAUAAGUGUAGGCACUUGGUUUUGUCUAGCGACGGUUUCAGAGUACUGGAAUGACAAUACAAUAACUAUAGAAAUGGCUGAUCCAAGCAAAAUAACUAACAUGGCUAUAACAACUUUAAAGUUGUCAUGAAAAUUGACUUUAUUGUGAAUAAUUCAUCCAUGUAUAUGUUUCACUUCAUACUUUUUUUUUGGACUUCGUAAUGUUUAAUCAAAUGUAUUAACUCAGUCUUCCAGUAAAUAAGACAGGCUUCUCUCUGGUGAUAUAUGCCAGACUUAUCCAAUCUGUGUAAACCCUUCCCCUUUCUUAAAAUCAACUGCAAGCUCUCGUUCAGACCUGCCUCCAUCCAAUCAAUAACAGAUUAAACAGAUGGAAGUCCCCGUCUUACGUUGUUGUUUUAUUUAUUUUUUUGAAAACCCGUUUCAUUUGGAUGUAUGUCACAAUAUGGAAGAAAAGAUCUGUCACUACUUCCAUUUCAUUGCAGCUUUAAGUAGUUGCAUAGUUCUGGUCAUGUAGUUUACUUGUUUAUUACCUUGUAACCUAACUUGUAAAAUCAUGUGUUUUGGUGAGAAGUGAUUACAUAAGUGUUAAAUUAGUAUGCCUCCACUGAGAACUUUAUAUUGGGUUCAGAUUUUUUUGGUUUAUGGAGAUCUGGCAAAUCACCUUUUCCUCAUUUUCUCCUUCACUCCUCAUUCCCUGCACGUGUCUUUUUGGUUAGCGCACUUGAUUAACUCCAGUUCUUCCAGUUACUUCUUAAUUAGCUGCUCUACAGGAUUACUAAACAAGAUUAGAAGGAAAAAAAAAAGGAAAAUCCCUUCCAUCUGCCUACCUGCCAGAGGAUUGCCACAGUUAUACACCUGCGCUCAUCUUUGGCAAUCUGGAUAGCACUUUAUAACAACAAUAUACCAUUGCAGCUAUUAGUGGAUACUGUGUAACAGGUAUGCACAGGUGUGGGAAGGUUUGGUCACAUCGUCCGAAGUGAAGCAGUGACUAUUUUACAACAGCUUAAUUUUCAAGCCACAGGAAGUCACUAUGUGGAAGCUCAUAUGGACCGGCAUCCUGUGUUGUUUAGGCUGUAUUUUUGCAAUAGACCAGCUGGAUAUUUCUGCAGGUAUGUAUAUUUGUGUAUGUUUAUAUGUAUUAGGUGGGAGUGUGAUGGAUGAUGGCUAUCACAAGUCAUUUGUUUGUGUAUUUCUUUUUCGGGGGAAGUUGACUGGAUUCCCAUGCUUGAAAAUCCAGAGAAGCGCACACAAAGAUUGUUUCAAAUGUUUAUGGAAAAGCCUGGAGACCAUGGACUCUUGCCAAGGCAUAAGCGUAAUGAUUUUCUGUCCAGUGGAGUACGCCACUGCAGCCAAGAAACAAUGCAGCAAGAAAUCACUAACCACCUCAAUUACUACCAGCUCAGAGUUACAGAACUCAAAAGAUACUGCAUAACAGGAAUGGCCCAAGUACUCAAAGCCAAGGAGUGAAUCUGGACUCGUAGCUAAUGAAAUACUGGCUGAAAAAGUGUUCUGACAGCUAGAAGAAAUGAGACAAGGCUCACUACUGUAAACCGGCCAAGAAAUAACUAGUGCCUCAACAAGGAGAUGGGUGAAGAAGAAUUUUAGGAUUUUAAUUAUAGUGUGUCAGGAAAUUGUGUGGGAGGCUUUCAAAAUCUUCUUGGACCGCCUCCCCAAUCAAGAAGAAUACAAGAGGUGGAUGAGCCAGUGCCAGACUGAAAGAGUCUCCAUACAGGAGAUUGGCGCUGCCUUUAGCCAAUCAGAAGAGCACUUAGCACUUAUCCACAGAAGACUUGCGCAGACGAGACUGAAAAGUAAGACACCGACAUACUCAGUAUGCAGUCCUGAGGAGUCUAACCAGGAGCAAGACCAUGUGCCACCAGGUGAUGAGCUUCAAGCAGUGACCACAGCGGUUCCAGAUGAGGUUAUCUCAGAGAGCAUGAAAGAAGUUACUGCAGAAGCACCAUCUGCUGUCAUGAUAAUGGAAAUGGAUACUGAGAUCACUAAUGAGAUUGAGCAGGAAGCAGCUGCUUUGCCUUCAGGUCCUCAGGUUGAGCAGAGGGUGGAGUUGGCUAUGUUAUUGACUGGAGAACCAUGGAGUGAAGAGCUGUUCAAUUCCACCAGCAGUAAACAUGGCAGACUCACUCAGAAGAUCACAGAGAAGAUUUCAGCUGCUUUGGAGGAACUGAAAGAAUUCAAGAGUGUAUCAGUAUUGAACAUCAGGCCACAGAUGGAUCCCUCAAGUGGUGAUGAGGCAGUAUUGGUGGAAUAUGUUGUGUCCCUCCAGACCAGCAGUGAAGAGCUCAGCAGUGAGACACUGGACUUCAUUCAUCUUCAAUCCAACAUGGUAGAGGGCACCUUUAGUUACUCAGAGGGGCCCACUGUUCAGUACACCAUUAUUGACCUCCACCCUGACAUCACUGAGGCUCUGCGUGUGGAAAUCUCUCCAGAGGAAACCCAUUCUGCAGAAGAAUCUCUAGACCCUGACCACAAGGAUUAUAUUUUAGCUGUAGAAAAACCAUCUGAGCUGCCUGGAGAGAUGGCGAAGGAAGUCUUUACUGUUGGUGACCUUUUGGAUUCUACUAUGACAGAAGAGGAAGACCUUCAAGACAAGGACUUGGUGUCACCGUUUCCUCCCAACCAGACUCUUGCUGUGGAAGGUGACGCUGUAGGUCCCUUUAUUGACUCCAAGCAAGACAUUGACUUGACAAUGGAUGGCUUUGAUCCCGCUUCUGGAUCUGGUGCAGAAGACGAUUGGAUAACUGUUCUUACUAUGGCUCCAGAGCCAGUUGGAGAGACAGAGGGUGAGGAAGAGGUUUUAAUUGAUGUAGACACACCACAGAUAGAGGACUAUAAAUUCUACACAAUUACAACAGUGGUUGAAGAGGACCAGAUCUUGCCUGAGGAAACUCCUGAACUGAUUACUGUUAAAGCUGGAGAAGAUGGAAACCUACAUGUUGGUAGCAGUUUGCCCACAAUGCCACCAGUCAAAGUGGCUGAGGCAGAAUCUACCCUAAAACCUGAGGAGGACCUCAUGCUACCUGAAGACAACAAGGAGGAAACUGUUUUAACAGAAACGCAGAAGGAUGGGGAAACUGAGGUUGCUUUCACCACAAAGGAGCAAUCAGAAAAGGUUGAAGAGGAGGAAUGGGAAAAAUCUAUUGACAGUACCACAAUGGCACAGCAGAAUGAUUUUGUACUAACAGAUGUUUCAGCUAUACAGUUUUCAGAGGAAGUUCUAACAGAGGAUGAGAUCCUAUUGGUCACAAGUGAACCAGCAAGUCCAAUCUACCCAACACCUCUUUCACCUGAGAAAGAACCACCCUUCUCCCUCAGCCCCAUGAUGACCCCAGCAGAGGUUGAGCUGGUGCAUACCUUAAAUUCAGAAGCCAUGACUACAUUUCUAGAUGUGAUCCAUUACAAAGAAGAAGAGGGUAGUGGCGUCCCUGGUGUCAUCCAGAGCGAUGAGGUUUCCAGCAUUGCCUUGCCAACUAACCCUGGGCGGUCUUUGAUGGUGUUUUUCAGUCUUCGUGUAACUAAUAUGAUAUUCUCUGAGGAUCUGUUCAAUAAGAGCUCUGCAGAGUACAAAGCCUUGGAGCAACAGUUCCUUGAACUGCUGGUGCCAUAUUUGCAGUCAAACCUCAGUCACUUCAAGAACCUGGAGAUCUUGAACUUCAGGAAUGGAAGCAUUGUGGUGAACAGCCGUAUGAAGUUUGGGAAGCCUGUUCCUCGUGGAGUCAUUACUGCUGUUUACCUCAUUCUAGAGGACUUCUGCAACACAGCUUACCAGACCAUGAACCUCGCCAUUGACAAAUAUUCAUUGGAUGUUGAAUCAGGGAAACAAGCAGACCCGUGCAGGUUUCAGGCAUGUAAUGAGUUUGCUGAAUGUACAGUGAACCAGUGGUCAGGUGAAGCUGAAUGUGUGUGUAAUGCUGGUUACUUCAGCGUGGACGGACUACCCUGCCAGAGCAUCUGUGACCUUCAACAUGACUUCUGCUUGAAUAAUGGGAAAUGCGAUGUCAUUCCAGGCCAAGGAGCCAUCUGCAGAUGCCGUGUUGGGGAAAACUGGUGUUUCAGAGGAGAACAUUGUGAAGAGUAUGUUUCUGAGCCACUCGUAGUUAGCAUUGCCAUAGCAUCUGUUGCCGGGUUCCUUCUGGUGGCGUCAGGAGUAAUCUUCUUCCUAGCAAGAACUCUGAGAGACCAGUAUGACAAGGAUGAAACGGAGGACCCAGUACGGAGAGAGGACAACCCGCCAUUUCUAGACGGGGCCACUAAGUAUAACCCCAUGUUCGAGAGUGAUUUAACUACAGGUUACAGCCAUUACUACCAGCAGUACCCCAGGCCCCUAGUCCACAGGAGCGCCAGUGCUGAGGCAUCCACAGAGUUCAGCAGCGAAGAGAUACAGCAUAUUUAUGAGAACAGUGAUCUCACCAAGGAGGAUAUUCAAGAUCGCAUCCGCAUUCUUGAACGCUACACAAGAGAUCGUCAUUUUGCAGAUUUUUUGAAGCAGCAUCAAAUAGCGAUGGAUAAUCAAAGAGAAAGUUCUUCCAAUAGUCAAUAGCUGUCCAAUGUCCAAUAGCCUGCUGAGUGCAAAAGAAUGAAGAAACUUGCAUUGUCUUUUGGGAAAUGGCAUCUUAGUGAUUCCAGAACAAUUUCUCUUCAGCCUCUCUGAGAUUUUGCCAUCACAAAUUAAAAUGGCUACCUAUGAAUACUUCUUAAAAUAAGAUUCGAGAAAUUUUGUCAGGUUUUUUUAUUUCUUAAUUUUUUCUAUAGUUAAAGACAAUUUUCUGUCACAGAACAGGAACUUGGUCACAGACAAUAUCCUUGUCAUUCAUUGAAAUGUUUUGUUAGUGCCUUCUAAUCUUAUAGCUGUGGCCCAUCUCUCAGACAAUCAAUCUUUAGAGUUAAAAGAAAAAGAUCCUUGAUGCAUUUAUCCUGAAAGUUACUUGAAUCACAGACCAUUAAUCUUGUAUUACCCUUUUAGUACAUUACCUUUUAUAGUUUCACUGCUUGUCAGAGAUUAAGCUGUUGUGUAUCAAGUCAAAUCAGGCUCCCAAUUUUAAUUAUUUUUAAGACAAGUUUACUUGUGGCCAUAUUAGAAGCAUCCAGGCAGCUAUUUUCUAUGUAGGUAAAAGUUAUACAAGUACAGCUUCUAUAUACUUGAAGAUUGACCAAAACCCCCAAGACAUUUCAAAUAAGUAGGAAGAUCUGACAGCAGUGGUAUCAUAGAUCUGCUUUAUAUUCUCAAAUCACAGGGGAAAAACAAUACCUCUAUCAAAAAGGUGAUUGGCUCUUUAACUGAAAGUAGGGACUUCCAUUCCUACAGUUGCCAUUUUGAGUGUUGCAUUUCCUCCUAUUUAUUUUUUGAGUGCCCCGUCCCCUCCUUGCAAUAAUGGACAUUUGUAUUAUUUUAUUUUUUUCAUUAUUUACUGUAUUUACAAUUGUAGUAGUAAAGGGGAUAGUUCACCUACUGUAAAUCUAAUACUGUCAUCAUUUACUUGCGUCAUUAUGUAAGAGAGUAAAUGAUUUGGCAGAGUUGUCAUAUUUGUGUGACUGAUGCCUUUGUCUUUUUGUGAGAAUUAAAUAAAACUUGGUUAUCCUGGA